GUUGUUUGUUUCCAGUGAAACUAUAAGCGAAAUCCUCAACUUCAUUAGAGUCGAUUUUCGCGAACAAUGUGACUUUGCUAUGGAAAAAGAGUGUUUCUGCUAAGAACGCUUCUACUCUUUGGCUGUAGGUUUCCCGCAUCCGGAAACCUAUCCUUUCAUGAUUCUACCGAUCAUUUAUAGACAAGCCAAAGGUGGACAAAGAGCAUCAAGAUCAUAUCUUUGCCGAUAAUAAAAUGCUGGGCACAAUGCUGUUUCCAAAUAUCUUCCAAACCCUCAAUAGCUCUCAAUUCAUCUUUCUAAACUAUCUCUACUGCCGGUCAUCAAGAUGCCCCCUCCGCCACGUUUCCGACACCUACGCCAUGCGGAGCGCUUAGCCCAUGCCCAGGAAGAAUGGCGUCAAUAUUUGGAAUUAAGGAAAAGUAGGCUUAAAUUUCUCUCUGAACAAAUUGUCGACGACUACGGCUUUGAUGUUUUCAAGUUUGGAGAAAGUUAUUUGGAUAAAGAAGCAAAGUUGGAUAGACGUUUGAUACUUUCUAAAGGUUCUUCACACCUGAAGCAAAUCCAAGAUUACAUCGAUUCGGGCAACAAAGCAGGUAGCUUGUUUGAGGAUAAAGGCAUGCUUCGUUUUGAAGGUGGUUCUGGUACAAAGGAUACUCUAGGGCUUUUGGGAUUGCUAGCUGCUGCAAAUGUUGGUGACGAGUGCAUAGACAGUUAUACCGAAGAUCUGACGGCUUCUGGGGGCACAUGGCUCUAUAGCGAUGAGUUUGAAGGCCACAAGGCGGAUUGGCCUCCGUGGGUAACAGAACAGGACGAUUCUUCGUUGAAGCUUCAACGAUUCCACAAUAUGGUGCAUGCUCUUGCGAGGGACCAACACGCGCCGUCACCCUGGAAACAUCUCAAUGCAAUGUUUCGCCUCAACGGUUAUUUGAUGAAAAUUCUAAGAUUCGUUGAUGAACGAAAUGCUCACUUGGGUGGGCGACCAGCACUACCCGAUGGCUCAAAUAUAGCGGAUCCGGCGAUAAAGGCAGCAUUGGUACUGCAUAGGGCAUGGAUAAGAUUGCUUCACCACCGAUCGUUGAGUUUGGGAGGGAAGGCUCGUGGAAUAGAUUUACUAAAAAAUAUCCUCAUCAUUGGUAGAGCACAACUAGAGCAGGAAACACGCUCCGUCCCUGUUGAGAGUAGAAAGGUUCUUGAAUCACUUUUAGAGUUUGCAACUACAUUGCAGACUCUGACUACGUUCUUGCAAGCACUGGCAAAUGAAUUUAGCCAAGAAUCUAUUCCAAAACCAAACACUCGAGAACCUUAUGUUGCAUCGAAUUUUAACAUAGAUUCCGAGCGUGUGAGUGCAGCAUGGGCUCAGAUCACCCACCCAUCAAAACCCGAUCCACAAGGGAAAACUAUCAAUCCAUUUGGACCUAUGCUCCUCUGGUCACAAUUACUUGACCGUGCUGCCGACUUUGAAGCUAAGAACAAUAGGUACUAUGUCGAAGAUCAUUUAUAUGACAAUCGUGUCAUUGCAGAAGAUGAACACUGGGAGGUUGUAAAACUUAUGUCCAGAGAAGGCUACGAUCCCGAUCUUGUGAAAAGACAUGUUCCCGAUGCUGCACAAGCCAGGGAGGUCAAAGCAUUGGCGAAGAAAGUCUCACAAAUCAACACACAUCGACGCAAUUACUUACUUUUACGGGACUGGUCCAAGAAAAGACCUUGGAAACAACUGUAUUUUGUGUUCGAUACCGUUACAACGGACACCUGGCGUGGACUUAUUGAAGACUUUUACAACACUAUGGAACUACUUAAAGUGUUACCCGAGGUACCUGGGCAGGAGCAAGAUGCAGAAUACAGAGCAAGAAUAGAAGCUGAUCCAGAAUCUGAAGCAAACCUAUUUGGCAAUGUUUUUCCCAUACACCCAAUCCCAAGUCAUGACCCCUGUAAGUACGCUGGUCCUUACUUUGGUAAUUGCGUAUAUUGCCUCGAAGACUACGCACCCAGAGAGUUGUGGGUGCAGUUUUUCUGUAAUCAUAUGGUACAUUACGAUUGUGGUCGCGAUUAUUGGGAUAACCCUGGAAAUCCUGACUUCAGGUGUCCUCUUUGCAGACAUACACAGUCGUGGGAACUUCACAAAGUUGCAGGUAUUGUUCCAGAGGCUGUAGACUUAUGGGAUAACGUGGAUCUCGUGGAUGCUGCAGAAGUAGGUAGACACCCUAUUGUCCAAAUGGAGGGUACACCGGCGGAUGUGGAGGGAUUCAAAGAGCUCUACUGGGAGAGUGAGGCUGCGCAUCUAUCUGAAAGCGAGACGUGGGAAAUGCGUUGGCGCGAUCGUGAGGUUCCUAGAGAGCUUCGUCACGAGAUGGCACAGAUGAGGAAUGCAAGAAGAAAACGUGUUCUGGCUGCAAGACAUGAGAGAGUCGCGAGAGAGAAAGAGUUUCCCACCUUGGCAGAAGAUUAGUCGGGUUCUAUCAUUUUUGUAUUCUAAUACUAGAACUGUACUUAUUCGACAGAGCCAGAUUCGGUGACAGGAAGUAUGCAAUCGUCUUUCCUCUUUGACGGGAGCAGUCGAUGUACCGCCCGCAACUCCGCUGGCAUUUUGUUGUAUUAUCUUCAUCUGAAGAUUCAUUCUCGUCAUGUAUCUGAUUAGUCAACCGGAUAUCGAGAACAACGUGCUGGGAUUUGUUUCCUGGGAAUAUACUUGAGUUAUUCUGCUAGUUGUUAUUUUUGUCUCGGUAUGUAUAAUGCAACUGCUUAUAUUCA